CUUGGCACCUUCGGCUACUUAGCUUUAAUGGCCGCCACCUCCGCUCCGGCUCCCUCCCGCACGUACGCGCGGCUGAGGCGGUAGCGUUUGCCGGUUGCCCUGCGCGCCUGCCUGUCUGCCUGGGCUCGUUUUGGUGGUGGUGAGCGUCGCUCGGCGGGAGGCGGGGCCGCGCUGCUGCUGCGGUGAGGAGGUGUCGAAGGCGGCGGGCCGGCGGCUAGAGGGCUCCUCGCGCUCGCUGGCUUCUUGCUGGAGUUGGAGCGGCGAAGGGGCGUCAUGGUGAGCUCCGCUCAGCAGCAGCAGCAGCUGCUGCUGCAGAGGAAAGGGAAGGCUGUGGCGGAGAAGGGCGGCGGUGGCGCCACGGCGGCGGCGGCGGAGAAGGUGGUGGUGGCGGUGCGGGCGGCCUCCAGGGAGAUCUCAAAGACGGCCCUCAUGUGGGCGUUGACGCACGUCGUGCAGCCCGGCGGCAGUAUCUUGCUCCUCGUCGUCGGCCCGUCACAUAGCUCUGGCAGGAAGUUCUGGGGCUUUCCACUCUUUGCCGGUGAUUGCGCAAGUGGCAACAAGACUAUGUUGGAUCAGAAGGAUAUCUCUGAGUUGUCUUCUCAAAUGAUGGACAAACUCAAGAAUGUUUACGAUCCAAACAAGAUAACUGUGAAGACUAAAGUUGUGCCCGGGUCUCCUCCUGGUGUUGUGGCUGCUGAGUCUAAGCGAGCCCAAGCAAGCUGGGUUGUGAUAGACAAGGAGUUGAAGCAUGAAGAGAAACAUUGUGUGGAAGAGCUACAAUGUAACAUUGUUGUUAUGAAGCGUUCUCAACCUAAAGUUGUCCGGUUGAAUCUCGUGGGAUCUCCUGACAAAGAUUCCAAAGUAUCCUGUUCACUUCCACCUAUAUUGGAUAGUUCUGUUGGUAAAACAGCAACUGAUGUAAAAGAGCCGAGGCCGUCAAUUCGAGGACCGGCUGUGACACCAAGUAGCAGCCCGGACUUGGAGACUACUUUUGAAAGUACUGAAGCUGGAACAUCCUCUGUCUCAAGUUCAGAUCCAGGGACCUCUCCAUAUAGUGCUUCUGACACAAAUGGUUCCAUGAAGAAAGAGGUACCAGCAACAAAGGAUAGGGUGCAGCAUUCGGACAUCAAUAUAUCUGAUUCUGAGAGCGAAACAUUGAGCCCUCCAGCAUCCUUCUCUCUUCAGCCAUGGAUGGUUGACAUUCUGCAGGGAUCAGCAUUGUCCAGAUCACAUGGAAAAGGUCCACGAAAAGCUCGCACUCCCACAGCAGAUGCUUUGUUGGAGAAUAUAUCCAAGCUGGAUCUCUUGAAUGAAAUUAGUUCUAUGAGAAGCAGGUCAGAUCUAAACUUCCGAGGAAAUGUCAGGGAUGCUGUCUCAUUGGCAAGGAGUGCACCCCCUGGACCACCUCCGCUGUGCUCAAUAUGUCAGCAUAAGGCGCCUGUUUUUGGAAAACCUCCUCGAUGGUUUACUUAUGCUGAAUUAGAACUUGCAACUGGUGGUUUCUCUCAAGCCAAUUUCCUGGCUGAAGGUGGAUUUGGAUCUGUUCAUCGAGGUGUCCUUCCUGAUGGCCAAGCAAUUGCUGUUAAGCAACACAAACUUGCUAGUUCCCAGGGUGAUGUGGAGUUUUGCUCAGAGGUGGAAGUGCUGAGUUGUGCGCAACACCGAAAUGUCGUAAUGCUGAUUGGUCUUUGUGUUGAGGAUAGGAGGCGCUUGCUGGUCUAUGAGUACAUUUGCAAUGGAUCCUUGGAUUCACAUCUUUAUGGUCGUAAUAAAGAGACGUUACAAUGGUCUGCUAGACAAAAGAUUGCAGUUGGGGCUGCUCGAGGGCUGCGGUACUUGCAUGAGGAAUGCAGAGUUGGCUGUAUAAUCCAUCGUGACAUGAGACCAAACAACAUCCUUGUUACACAUGAUUAUGAACCACUGGUUGGAGAUUUUGGUUUGGCACGAUGGCAACCUGAUGGCGACAUGGGUGUUGACACAAGAGUCAUUGGAACAUUUGGUUAUCUGGCACCAGAAUAUGCGCAGAGUGGACAAAUAACAGAGAAGGCUGAUGUCUACUCUUUUGGGGUUGUGUUAGUUGAACUUGUCACUGGGCGCAAGGCUGUUGACAUUAACCGACCCAAGGGCCAGCAAUUUUUAACUGAAUGGGCACGCCCUUUCUUGGAGGAGCAUGCAAUUGAUGAGCUCAUAGAUCCACGCUUGGGUGACCUCUAUUGUGAAAACGAGGUCUAUUGCAUGUUGCAUGCAGCAAAACUUUGCAUACGACGUGAUCCUCAUUCAAGACCCCGCAUGUCUCAUGUUCUUCGCAUACUAGAGGGUGAUAUGGUCGUCGAUUCUGCCACGGUUUCGGCCCCAAGUAGUGAUUCUGGGAGUAGAAGCUGGCGAAUGCUAAACGAGCAACAGAACAGUAGGGACUGGAGCCCAGCUCGACAAGAUUCACACCGAGCCGCCCAAGGGAAAAAUUCGUACGACUCUCUUAGAGCUGCCUGGGAUAGGAAUAAGCAAAGCGUCUCACACAGAUAUUGAAGCUCCAUUUCCAAAAAUCCUGCGAAGUUGAGCUUUUCGACCAUGUAUAAUUCUCUCGCCCUUUCUUCCGUUCCUCCUUUUUGUUCUCUACCCCCAUGCCUUCUAGUGACUGUAGGAUCAAAGCUUUUGCUGCUAUGUUGCCCUGGUGUAUAGUAGAAGUGCUAAUAGAUUUACAAGUAUAUUGAGCCCCCCGGUUAGCUUCCCUUUUGUGUAUGAUCGCAGGAAAUGUGAUCUCAAAAUCAGAUAGUUAUGCGUAGAAUUCAAGUAACUUGAUUAUUAUACCUUCAAGUCAAUAGUAGUUCUGUAAAGAUCUUUACUCUCAA